UUAGCGUCUCAGCACGUGUGUCGGGGCGGUCCUUCCGGCCGGUGUGUGGGGCCUGACGGCGACGCCGCGGUCAUGAGCCGGCCCAGCCGGCUGCAGCGGCAAGUUCUGAGCCUGUACCGCGAGCUGCUGCGUGCCGGGCGCGGGAAGCCGGGCGCCGAGGCGCGGGUGCGGGCCGAGUUCCGGCAGCACGCCAGCCUCCCGCGCUCCGACGUGCUGCGCAUCGAGUAUCUGUAUCGCCGGGGACGGCGUCAGCUGCAGCUGCUGCGUUCCGGCCACGCCACGGCCAUGGGUACUUUCGUGCGCCCGCGGGGUCCGACUGAGGAACCCGGAGACGUGACAGCCCCGGAGACCAGGCUGGAGGAUGGUGGUGCCCCAAAGAAUUCUUGUGAAGGCACGGGAGACGCGGUCCGAUGAACGGUGACAGACCCAAAUAAAGGUUCCUUCUGACGGUUUAGGGAGGAUCAGGAACUCAUCCAAAUGGAAGCUGAGAUGUCUUGAGAGACAACCGAAUUUUCUCAGUGCAUGCCGAAAGAUCAGACAUUCCCUCACCAAGGGGGUCCCGAGCACCCUGUGGCACCGGCGGCCUGCACAAUGAAUGCUGUGAUACACCAACCCAAAGUCAAAGAGAGCACGGGCGCUCUUUCUCCUCCCCUCGGGGCCGUGACACCUCUCUUGACUUAUAAGAACACACCUACCUCCUCACUCCCCGCCCUUUGCUGUUUUUAAUGCCAAGGAAACAGACUUUGCCGCGCAUGUUUAACAGAAUACCCUGAUGAACCGUGAGAAACUUCGCAGUCCGACUCGCUAUGAAGAACUACGGAUUGUAAGGGAGGUUACAGUAGCUCAUCCCAGCUGAUGAGCCUAAGACUCCUGGAGAAUCCUAGUCCCUACUCCUGUUAGCCUUCUUCGGGAUUCUUGUAUAAAGGGAAUAAAUGUGAGGUGUGCCCACUUCCUUGUUGGUUGUCUUAA